AAUUUCUAUCUGCAUAGUGAGCCUGUAUAUUCGUAAAGUAGUAGAGUCCUGAAUGAUUAAAUAUUUUUAAGUUUGGUUUUUUCUUCCCGCUUAGUCCAGAUUUUGGGUUUAAAAUUAUUGUAAUUAGGAAAAAUGAAUUAUAACCCACCGGGCUCAUCUGCACAGAGGCCUAACUGUGGUAGAUGGAAUAACAAAGCUUCCGCAUCAUCAAGAAAUUCACUUGAAACACGUCAGCAAGCAGCCUUUCCAGGACACUCUUACGGAGAGUUUCAUCCCGCAAAUAAUAAUUUAAAUUGGUAUGACAAUCCACCAAAUAAUUUUAUGAGUGGAAUGCCCAAUUAUAGGAGUAUUCCUCCACCUCAAGGCCAACCUCAUCAGGAAUUUAGGGGUCAUCAACCGGGCCCACCAGAACGAGUCUUUCAUAAUCCAUUACCUGAGAAUAUGCGAGAAAAUGUUGAUAUUAGCCUGAAAACGGAAGAAUAUCCUGUUAAUCGAAUGUAUAAUUCUAGGUAUGAUCAGGAGUUGAGUUAUAGAACGAACCGAAAUAAUUUUAGCUAUAAUGAUUCAUAUUACGUAAAUGAAAAGAAAAAAUAUUGGGCCAAUCCAUUAGAUAGCCUGAGGUUGGAACUUGAAGAAACCCCUCAGCAAAAUAGCAAAGCUAAUGCUUUAAGGGCUGUUUAUGAAGAGCUACAAGAAAGGGCUAAUUCUCCUCCCAAGCAUCUACCACCGGAUAUAUCGGCUGCGCCAAAGAGGUCCAUUCUGAAAAAAACUUCCACUUCAAGGCAAGGCGUUCGGUUGGAUGAAGAAGAGAGCUUUUUAUAUGGGUCAACAAUAAAUACACCAGCAAGAAAUUUAGAUUCCAUCGAUGAAAGUAUGUGCGAACUACGUAAAAAGUACGAAAUGCAAAAAAAUCUAACUUUUGGACGGAAAAGUAACACGGAUCUUUUAAACAAUAAAAGAAAUUUUAGCAAUAGGCCAACAUCAUCAACUGACAAUCAAAGUUCAAAUUAUUCAGAAAGUAAUGGCAAUGAGGAAUCAGCUAUUUUACAAAAUAUAUUUCAAACGAUUGGAGUUUCAUCCGAUAUUCAAAAUUUAGUUGAAAAGCAAAGGAAAAAGAAAUUGGCCGAAAAAGAAGAAUUUAAGAUAAAGCAAACUUCUUCGACUUUUAUGGAUGGAGGACUCUUUGAGGCGAUUGAAUCGAAAGGAAAAUUUGCAAAAUUUUUACCAGAAGAUGGAGAAACUUAUGAAGAAAGGGCCAGGAAAUAUAAGGAAAUAGAAAAGGAAAAAGAAGAUAUAAGAUUGUCUGAAGUUAAGAAAAAAAUCGAAUCGAGAAAGCUUGAGGAGAAGAUAAGUCAACGCCCCACAACAUCUGAAAAGAAUGUUAAAGAUAUUGACAUCAAAGGUAAAGACGAACCAACUUUAAAAGAAAUCAGAAUUGAUCCUGUUGAAAGAAAUCGUCUUUUGGAGAAACAUAAGGAAAGAAUUAAACACCUGGAAUUAGCUGAGCUUGAACUAGACAGGUGUCGACGAACACAAGUUGAAUGGAUGAGGAAAAAGCAAAGGUCCAAAAUUGGGGUUGAUGAGGGUAUCAUUGCUGAAAAUGAACGUCUUCAAAAAUCAAUGAUAGAUAGGAUUAAUUUAUUAAGAAAAGAAGCCGAUGAUCUGUCAAGAAGAAUAGGCUUAGAAGAUGCAAGUGAAAUGAAGACGGUUGAAUUUGAUAAGAAAUGUUCCAAUAACGCAAGCGAAGAAGAGUCAAAGCGAAAAAAGUCGAAAACAGAGUACGAUUUUAUAGACGUAGGAAAUCACUGGUGCCGGCUAUGCAACACUGUUUCAGUAAAUGUUUACGAACUGUUCAAUCAUCUAAAAACCAAAGAACACGCCGAAAAUGCCGAUCCAUUCGAUAGGCCUUGGUUACCUGAGCAUUUAAAAAAUCAAAAAGUCGAAAAGAAAAGAAGUUCUACAAAAGCGCCUUUCAAAGGUGUGGAAUUUAUGAUGCCAGUUAACGCAUUCUAUUGCAAGUUAUGUGAUGAAUUUGCCGGUGAUCAUUUAUCUGCAGAAGAUCAUCUAAAAUCCAGCGAUCAUAAUGAAAGAUUUCGUCUCUAUUUGCAAGAAAAUCCUUUGUACGAGAAACAAUACCAUUUAGAAAAAGCUGUUAAUCUUGCUAAAUGGAAAAGGAAAAAAGAAGAUGAAGAACGGAAGGAAAUUAGGCAAGAUAUUCUAAAAAAUCGUAAUGAUAUCAUUAUUGAAAAGAAAGCGGAUGAGAAAAGAAAAAUCAUUGUUGAAAAUAAGAAUGAUUCGGAGAAAUCUAAUAAACCAGACGUUAGCUUCAGGACGAAAAUAAUUACUGGGAAAAUUCCAGGGAUUCAUAAUGAUAGGAAGAGAAAGUUAUUAAUACCUUCUACAUCGGCAAAGAAAGGUAAAAGCGCUCAAGAACAGAAGGUAACGCAAUCUUCGUCUUCCUUAUCGACGCCGUUACAAGUACCUUCCUUAUCGUCAUCAUCAUCUUCUUCUUCAUACUCUAAUUUAGCAAAUAAGCAAAAAAAUCCGAAAAAUUCACAGGAUAGCGCUAAAUUAUCAAGUGACGAUAUGGAUCUAAGCAAUUAGCAUUUUCUUUAAAAAAGAUGUACGCCAUAAUAGGCUCAGGGAAAGAAUUAAAGAAAAUAACAAUACUCUGCAUAUCUUCUUUUUUAUUUUUGUUGAAUUGUUGAAAAAUAUCUUCCUCUUUUUUUCUAAAUUUGCUCAAAAACUACUAUGAAAAAUUCUAUGUUUCUUUUUUUCUAUAAGAAAAUUGUAAUACAGGAAAAAUGUUGAUCAAUUUACUAUAUUAUAAUUAUUUCUUCUUUGUUUUAAAUUAGCGCCAUCUAUAGGAGAAGACAGAACGUCUGUUUUAUUCAUAGUUCUUAAUUCUACGAGAGUUUUAAUUUAUUAAUGCGAAAGAUUACUUUAUAGAUCUUAUUAAGUUGGCGAAGAAGUUAAAAAUAGAUUCUUCAGUAAAUUAACAAGAUGGUAUAUGUAACCAGCAUUUUACCCUUUGAGCUGUUUUUAUAUAUAGACUCGUUUAGCUAAAAGGAUUAACUGAUCGCCUCUCAAUAGGCUCAUUAGAUUCCGUCAACGUUUCAUCCUCUAUUUAAUUUCCUUCUUUCGUCGAGAUAUUCCGCUCUUCCGUUAUUUCAGUGCAUUUUUCCUAUUUCCAUUCCAAAGCCCUGUUUUCCUUCUCUUCGAGUAGGAUCAUUUAAAGGAAUGGAAGAAUCCUAAGAUCCUUAAAUGAAUUGGUUAUUUC